GAGAUUUUUUUUUGUGGUGAUAGAGAUCUGGCAACCCUGCACAGCGCCAAACAAACACGCUUCAGGUUAUCUGGUAACGACGGCGGUUUUCUGCUGUUGAGCAAGGGUCCAGCGCCGAAAUCUGGUGGAAAUUCUGACGCUGACGGCUUUCACUAUUGUUCUAGUUCUCACAAUGGAUAAAAUAUGCACGAUAUCUGACGAGUCCGACACAUCUGGUGAUCAAGAAGACACGGAGCACGUAAAGGUCAACCAGGGAGCCACGGUGUCUCGUUCCGAGCACUUCUUACGUGUUCAACAACCAUCCCGCGGAGAGCUAACAGCAAGGAGUAGGAAUUUGUCUAUAAAUGAAGAGGACUUCCAGGAGGCUACUGAUGGGAAAUCCGGAGCUGCUGCUGGAGAUGGAGAUGCUUUCCGACGCCGGACCCGCUCAGCACCUCCAGCCUUCUGGGCCGCCAAGAAGUAUGGCAGAGAGCUGCGAAGAAUGAGCGAUGAGUUUGACACCUUACUCGACAAAGGGAUGAAGAGGGUGAGGAGUGCAGGUACAGCUUGUCAGAUGCGCACCUCCUCUAGCUGGUUCAACUUCCUCUGGAGCCACCAAGAGUCAGACUGAGACCAUGAACAGUCUGACAGCACAAAACACCCAUCCUGCUGAGUGACACAUCAGUGGACCACAUGGUGGGAGAGAGAGAGAGAGCGCGCACUGAUUAUGCCGUGUAUAAAGGAUGAAGCAGAAGCUCUCAAGUGAAGGACUGAUGCUAGAAUUCAUCGAGUAGUUUAAAACCUUCCUGAGCAGUUGAUGGAUAUAGGGACCCUGGACCAAUCACACUCUCCAACAUCACCAGAGUGACCUUUACAGAUAGAGAGUCUUUCCUGGGUCUGAGCUCCAGUACUGUGGGGAAACUAUGCAAGCUUUUUUGUGAGAAUGACCUUUUAGUUCAGUGUGUGUGAGAUUCAGUCGGAAUUACUGGAGCAUGAACAAGGAUGCAACAAUGUCAUUCACUGCCAUCUUUCGGGGCUGUAAGAAAAUGUUUCUUCUCUAUGGUAUGGGCUAAUGAAAUCUGUACAAAAACAAUAACAAACAUGUCUUUCAUUUGAUAUUUUUAGAACUUAUAACCCCUUUCAAUUUAUAGAUAUUUGAAAGUUUUAGAAGGAUGCAAAAACAUACUGAAUAAACAGAAGUUUAAUUUUUACAAUAAAACAAAUAAUAUGAUCUUUUUAUUCUAUUUAUCUAUGUAAGGGAAUGAAGGGUGGUUACAAAGGACUUUGAACAGUUUUUUAUUCUUAUGUUGUUACAUCUUCUGUUAUCUCUAUCUUAAUGGAACUUUCUGCAACCUGAAAGCAAUAAAGAUUAGUAGGAUUGUUAAAGGUUGGAAGAGAUAGCAACAGAGCCUUAUUUUCAGUGAUGUUACUUGGAAAAUAUAAUAAGGAAAUGCUUUGUAAUGAUUUUAAGAUAAUUGUGUAAUCUACUAUUACAUUUUUUAUAACCACUACAAUGUGAAAAAAAACAGGACGUUAUUAAAGCAACCACUGCAAGAA